AACAUAUAUUCGCGUACCUCUUUGCACAUGCUGAUACGUAUGAGACCAAACAAACAUGUUUUUAUUUACAAUUCGUUGAACUACGCGGAAAAUUCACCUUUGCUGCCUGUAGUUGAAAUGUUUCCACAUGUGGAAUAUUGGUAAAGCGCAGAUAUAGUCGGUUUAUUUUAGUCGGUAAGUUUUAGCGGUUUUUUUAAAUUUUAUCAAAGUACAGUGUGAGAAAAAUCUUUGAAAUCUUCAAAAAACUUUGUGUGAAGAACAGCAGCAAAAUAGAAAUCUCCCCAAAAAAAUGAUUAAUCUACAUUUUUUCAAGAGGCAUUUAUGGGAUUUCCAUUUCAAUAAACUGUACUUCAACCAACCGAAAAUAUCCGCGAAAACACAAAGAGGAUUUUAGCGGCCAAGUUCAGUUACUUGAAAAUAGAUCAGACUUUUUUUCCUGUUUCCCAAAAUAAAGGCGCAAAGAAAAAACACCUUGAAAGCUUGCGCAUGAGAUUGCCCACGUCUGAAUUGAUAGAGCGGGACGCGUUGCAAAAUCAAUACGGUAGAAAGUGACAGAGAUCGGAAAACUGUGCAGCCCGAAUAACAGCGAGUGCAACGAGAACAGCAUUAUUAAAACUACAACAGUAGAGUGAAGGAAAGAGCGACGAAAACAUGAUCGGGCAUUGUUGCCGCUAACACUGUGAAAGAAGGAAACGUGAUUUGCAAAAUUAAAGGCAGUCUAAUGGCCAAUGGCAAUCAGUAUCUCAGCUGUUAAAAGGGGUGACUGACAUUAGUUUUGACGUCGAACACAGACAGGAAAUUUUUUUGUGAUUAUUUCAGGAAUUGUGGUUAUUGUUAGACAAAUUGCCAACACAGUUUAAGAAGUAAUCAGCCACAAAAUACCUGAAUCCGAGAAAAAAUGAGCGAGCUCAGCCAAGAGGAGAUUCGCCGACGCCGUUUGGCCCGUCUGGCCGCUUUGGAAAAUGGUUCUCCCUCGAAUUCCAUAUCUCCGCCCAUCACGCCGAUUUCUCAAUCGCCUAUGUCCACCACGCAAGGACCAAGUCCACCUAUAUUCGACUCUCAAGGAAACUCAUUGGAUAAUAAAUUCUUCUCACCUGGUGCCGUUGCAGCUCAGGGACUGAAGAAAGAUAAUAGUCUCGGAGCAUUGGGUUCGGACUUAAAAGUUCGAACAGAUAGUGAGGGCGUGUUUAAAGAGCCCUCGAAGCCUAUAGACAUUCAACUACCAUCAAGUUCCAAACAAAGAACUAGAGCACCUCCGGUGAGAAGCGAUUCGGAAACAAGUUCAAUACAUAUGGAAGUGGAUGAAGUAAGUGGAUGUGCUGAUAAGUUGGCCGGAAAUACCGAUAUAGAUUCUGGAUUUGAAAAUAUGGAAUCAACACCUGUCUUUCAGGUUGACGAAUCAGACCUGCUAAAGAAAGACGUCCACCGACAGCGCACCAGUUCUUCUUCAACAGAAUUAAAUGUAGAACAACUUCAAGAAACAAUUGCCCGAAUACUUCUAGUCUCAUUCACUAGAACGUCCACAACACGAGUAUUCCUCCCUCUGUCUGCGGAGCUUGUUAAAGAAACUCCACAAUUAAGCAUUCGAGAUCUUACAUCGACUGCCAUUAUGGAAAUAUUGUCGAUGAUUAAGAAAGGGAACGAUCCGUUUGCGAGUAUUACGCCACUCAAUCAAGAUAUUACCGAUACAUACAGCUUACACUCAGGCUCAGUGAGUCCGGUGCAAAGUAGUCCGAGUUCCAGCGAGAUGCAAUGUCCAGUUCCAGCUUUGAUUAUGAGAGAGAAAAUUGAAAAUGAAACUCCUAUUAAAUUGGCAAUAGAUUUCCUCAUGGAUUCUUAUAACAGAGUAGCUCAAGAAGAAAGAAAUCAUCCUAAAAGAUCCAGCAUUCCACCCCUAAGUGAUGUUUUGAUCGAAAUAAGAGCUCAGCUUAUUCAAUACACCACUUUGGUCGUUCAGGGUAUUAUAGUACCAAAAACCGAAGAUGCGGAUGAAAAGUCGCCGCUUCUCAAUUCUAUAGUUCAUCAAACAUUUCCUAGAGGGUUUUUGAUUGAGCUGGUAACGCGUACACAUACAAGCCCUGAGCUAUUUAGCAAAGUGUUCUCUCCAAUACUACAAGGCAUAUUGAGAUUAAUGCGAAGUUCUUGUAUGGUUGACGAUCAGCAUAGUUACACCUACAGGUUGCCGCUGCAAGCUUUGUUUGAAUUAGCUGACAUCAGGUGUGGCAAUAGGCCUAUAUGUAGUCUGAUUGUAAAACAGCCGCAGUUUAAUUUAGCUGAACCUCUUACAAAUGCCGGUGGCCGCGAAAUGUCCUUGUUGUCGUUUUUGGGACCUUUCUUGGAUAUUUCUGUAUUUGCUGAAGAUCAACCCAAAGUGGCAGAAAAAUUGUUUUCAGGAAAUUCGAUAAAUGACAACACUUUAAAAAUGGGAUUGCAACUUGAAGUAGAACAUAUUCGUAACACUCUUCAUAGAAUAUUCCACUACUUACUUGCAAACCAAGACAGUAGAGAUAGUUGUUUGAAUUACAUACAAACCGUAUUAAAACGUAAUGAAAAGCGAGCUCAACUUGCAAUGGAGGAACGUCAACUAGCAGGAGAUGGUUUUAUGUUGAAUCUUUUGAGUGUUUUACAGAAUUUAUCUCUGAAGAUAAAAUUUAAUAAAAUGGAUAUGAUGUACCCUUUCCACCCAAACACAAUGAUUGUCAUACAAAACGAAACGAGGCUGAAAUUUUCAUCUCAAGAAGUAGCCGAUUGGCUUCAAGAAUUUAACAAAUCAUACGAAUUCCAUUCACCUAAUUUUUCCACCACCUGUUGGUUCCUAACGUUAUACUGCCAUCAUUUGUCGAUAUUACCAGCUAUUCAAAAGUAUCAACGUAGACUUAGGGCGAUUCGUGACCUGCAAAAACUGGUUGAUGAGACCACAGCUUCAGAAGCUCAAUGGAAAAACACUGCUUUCGCUAGCAGGAAUAAACAGUUUAUUAAAAGAUGGAAGCAACAAUUGAAGAAACUCAACAAAUCGAAAGCUUGUGCAGAUGCAGGCUUGUUAGAUUAUAACUUAAUUCGUCGCACUUUAAUUUUUUACACGUCGGUGAGCGAGUACUUGUUGAGUUUAAUGACUGGAGCCGCUCCGAGAUCUGCUGUUCCAGAUUUGCCACUGCCUCCACCACAAUCUCCCGCGUACUAUGCAAUGCCCGAGUGGUACGUCGAGGAUAUAGCGGAAUUCUUAUUAUUCGCUUUGCAAUACUUCCCUAGUGUAAUUGCCGAGAACACUGAAGAUACACUAAUCAGCUGGCUGUUAGUGACAGUGUGUUCUUCACAUAUGGUUAAAAAUCCGUAUCUCGUUGCCAAACUGAUCGAAGUGAUAUUUGUGAUAAUUCCCAGCAUUCAACCACGGUGUGAGCCCCUUUACAUUAGGUUAAUGUCCCAUCAUAUUACCUGCACAGUUUUGCCUAGUUCUUUAAUGAAAUUUUAUACAGAUGUGGAAACUACCGGUUCCAGUUCAGAGUUUUACGAUAAAUUUUCUAUUAGGUACCACAUAAGUGUUAUUAUUAAAGGUAUGUGGGGUUCCCCAGUUCAUCGACAAGCUGUGGUCGAUGAAUCAAAAAGCGGCAAUCAGUUUGUUAAAUUUAUUAACAUGCUAAUGAACGAUACGACAUUUUUACUAGACGAGUCCUUGGAAUCUUUGAAAAGAAUUCACGAUAUUCAGUUACUGAUAGCCGAUGAUGAUAAAUGGUCAAAAAUGCCCCAGGAUCAACAACAAAGUCGUAUAAGACAAUUGACUGCUGAUGAGAGACAAUGUCGCUCCUAUUUAACAUUAGCACGUGAGACGGUUGAUAUGUUCCACUAUUUGACUGUUGAUAUCAAAGAGCCGUUUUUGAGACCGGAAUUGGCCGGCAGAUUGGCAUCUAUGCUCAAUUUCAACCUUCAGCAGUUGUGCGGGCGCAAGUAUAAAGAUUUGAAGGUUGAAAAUCCUGACAAAUAUGGUUGGGAGCCGCGAAGACUCUUAAGUCAAUUAAUUGACAUAUAUUUGCACUUAGACUGUGAUACUUUUGCUGAGGCACUCGCCAGCGACGAGAGAUCCUUCAGCCGACAACUUUUUACUGACGCUGCUUCCAUUAUGGAACGGGUUUCCAUCAAGACUGCAGUAGAGAGCGAACAAUUCAGAGAAUUAGCUGAAAAAGCCUGCCGAGUAGUUGAACGCAACCAGAAAUCUGAUGAAUUGCAUGAAGAUGCUCCAGAUGAAUUUAAAGACCCUUUAAUGGAUACGUUGAUGACAGACCCGGUUCUGCUACCAAGCGGACAAAUCAUGGAUCGAGCUGUUAUUAUGAGACAUUUAUUAAAUAGUAAUACAGAUCCAUUUAAUAGACAGCCCCUAACCGAGGAUAUGCUGUUACCUGUACAUGAUCUCAAAGAAAAAAUUCGAAUAUGGAGGUCUGAGAAAUCCAAAUCAGGCAUGAACUGAAAUUCUGUCCCAGCCGCUAGGACUCGGUAUGAACAUGUAAUUCCUAUUUUGUGGUAAAAUCAAAAUUCAGUAUGUCGUAUAGAUUAAUUACAUUAUGUAAAUUUGGUCUAUUGAUUUUAUAUUUUUUAUAUUGCAAUGGUUUGUAGGGUGUAGUUUAUUUGUUAUUACGGCAGAUUAUCUUCUGUUCGGCUGUGGAAAGGACAACUUUUUCGUCAGCAUAUUUUCCACGACGUUUAAUCACAAUUGAUUUCAAUUUUACGUAUUGUUUAAAAUUGAAUUUAAUUACGUUGUUGUACAGCUCGUUCUAUUAAUAAAAAAAAAGAGCAAAAGAUAACAGUUCCAGAUCAUGUAAAACAGAAGGAUUGUAUUCCUGGUUCGAUUAGCAUUUUUAUUACAAUUUAACUGCCUUAAAUUGCUAAUAUAAAUUUGUAAUCAACAUACUGUUGACUAACAUGAAAUUUGAAGCGGAAGUAAGUGAGGACAUCCAAAAAUCUAAAUGUAAUAUGUCUUUUGUUCAAGUAUGUGAAAUGAAUUGUCGAUUUCAUAUUACAUAAACAAGUUGCAAAAUUAUGUUCGUGUUUCUGCCUAUAUACAAAUUUUCAGAACUGAUUAAUAGAACGACUUUUAUGUAUAUAAAAGUAAUCUGAAAUUGUUUUAUUGAAGAAAUCAUUACCUAAAAAAAAUAGGCUGAAUAUAUAAUACUUUCAAAUAACCCAUAUGAUACAAUCAAGGCUGAUAAAUAUAGAUCUCACUUAAUACACAAUAAAUUUUAGAUUGUC